AUGGAUUCCCAGGCCGAUUCUUUGCACCAAUCGGCAGAGUCUCCGCGUGACAGGUUUCUUUCCUUGGAAGCACGUGUGUCCGCUCUGGAGUCCUCCGCUUCUUUACCACGCCAGCUUUUGGACGAGUACCGCACCUAUUUUGAGUCCAGUCUGUGGUCACUUUUCCAACGAGCGUCGAAGGACGCGCAAGCAGAUUCUGCUGCUGUCAGGGAGGACUUCUUUGCAGCCUUGCACUCUUUACGCGAGGAUACCUUGGAGGCUUUGACCACGAUUCACGAGAGGGUGGAUCGGAUUUUACAUCACGAUUUGCGUGCUUUGCAUACAGAUAUCCUUGUUCUGCAGCGGCGCGUUGGUACUUUAAAGGGCCAAGUGGCUGCUUUGCCGCAGGCUACGACUGAAGCUGUUCCAGUUACUGCGCCAACUUUAUCGGUGAGCCCGGUUACUUCGCACUCUUCUGGAAGUGAUUCAUUUGUUUUGGUGGACGCAGCAGAGUUCUCUUCUUUGCAGCCACCGGCGUCGUGGGGCACAGGUGAUGCAGUACUUUUACCGUUUCAGGCAGCAGCGAAGUGGAAGCCGCGGCCUCGACCGUACUUUCCACCUACAAACCGGUCUUCUGCCACGGCAACAGCGCCGAGCUUUCGUUCUCAGCCAAGGGAGCGGCCACACUUUACCACGCGCGCAUCACGUGUUGUGCGCUCUUGUCAGGACGCCAGGCCGAAGCCUACUUUUCGUUCUGCACAAAAAUAUGCGGUUUAUCCCUCAGAGACUUUACCUCCGCGAGUUGAGCAGUAUGCACAUGGAUCUGGUGUGGAGACUUUGCUUCAGGAUGUUGGCGUAGAUUUUCUUGAAGGUGAGGCCGUUGCCCAUCGUGGGGGAGAUGGACAUGCUUUCCCUCCCGAGCCGCCUCCACCUAAAAGCGGCAGCUUUUCAUUGCCCAAGCAACCUGUUGUUUCCAAGGCACGCGUCACUUUGCAGUGGGAGAUUCACGCCAAGUGUAGGGCCAAGGGCUUAUUGCCUUGGCAGAAGCUGGUGGCAUUGAUCGCCCCACUGAGUGCAUCUUUGCAAGAGAUUUUGGAAUCGACUUCUUCGCAAACUUUACUUUCACAGCUCGCGGCCUCAGUUGCAGAUACCACUUUGGUGCGUUAUGUGCAGAGCUGCCUGCAGUACUUUGCUUUGCUUCGUGAUUGGGAAAAGGUGCCCAACUCGUGCUUUCCCCUGAAUACGCUUAAAGCCCUCACGUGGAUGGUCAAGGUGGCCUGCGUCAACUUUCCAGAUCUUUACACGGGUCUCUUUCACUCGAUCGCCCACCAGAAGGCCGAGGGAGACCGCCGGGAGAGCGUACCGCUCCCUCUGGAUUUUGUGGCAUUUCUGGAGUUUUCCUUGCUUUCUAAGUCCUUUCCGGAAUUGCAGCUCGCCAUCGGGGCACUCCUCGUGAUGAUUUGGGGGUCUUUGCGAUUCAGUGAUGCUUUGCACGUCAGAUGGGGCACCGUUCUUUUCGAGCAGGAUGUUGGGCGUGGCAUUUCGUAUCGUAUCAAAACUUCAGUGAGGGGAGCCCCCUUUGGUGUGGUGGGCACCGGCCUGUACGGUCCGUGGUUUGCGCUCUGGCUUGCUUUACUUAAAGAUGAGUGGACCCAGAUCUCCGAAUUGGUGGGGCCAGUGGAGCCUGAUGCUUUACUUUUCCAUACGGCAGCACAGGGGGAGGAAGAUGCACUUUACAUCCCCAUGACGUACGGGGAGGCCUUGGCUACCUUAAGGCAUCUUUUGGCCAAGUGGGGUCGCCUUUCCCACGAGCAGAUCGCAAUUUUUACGCUUCACUCGUGUAAGUCAACCUUGCUUUCCUGGGCAAACCAGUUGUUGCUUUCCGAGGAUUUGCGAUCAGUGCAAGGACAUCACCGUCAUUCGAGCGCUCGCCUUUACAGUCGUGAUGAUGUGUUCGGUGCUCUUUCUUUACAGAGACAGGUCCUGAAGGCACUGAAGGCAGGGUGGCGACCAUUUUGCCCACAACAUCGGGGGGGGCAAGUCCCCCUUACGGAGCCUGCUUUGCAAACUCGUGUGGCUGCUUUCCAGGACCCCUGUCACUCCAUUCCAGCAGGAGCACCGGUGGUGAGUGGCCCAGCCGUCUUUGCUCCAGAGGCUGUGCACCCUGCGAAGGUUGCUGCAUCGUCUUCGGCCGCCUCUUCUUCGGCGGCUUCUUUGCCCACGCCCGAGGCUGUGGCAGAGCUUCCCUUGGCAUGCCCAGGUGAUCGCAGGGAUGCUGAGGAGCUACUUUUCAUCAUCACGGCUAAGACUGUAUACAAAGCGGUGCCGGGCUCUGAGUCGGAGAAGUGCUCUACUUUCCAGGGAGUUCACCUGAAGCCGGCGUGUGAUUGCAUAGUCAGUGUUUUCCAGGUGGUGCACUUGCACCAACAGGCAAAAACUUUUGCCGGCACAAGGCAUGCCUGGACCUUUGAUCUGGUCAAAGCCUGA